CUUGACAGUAAACACACGUGGAUGGUGGAUAGUAUAUUAAAUAAUUGUAAUUAUUUUAAUGUUUCAGCAAAGUUAAUUUGCAAAAGUAAAUAUGUCUGUUGCUACUGACUCAAACGUACUUUCAAUAUUGGAAGAUAUAAAGAAAAAUAAUGCUGAUGAAACAACUACGACCUCUUAUGAUCAAAAAUCUAACUCAACUAAAAAAGCUAUCAAUAAUGACAAAAAUGUAAAGGAUUUAAGAGGCCAACCUAAGUCCGGAAGAUUUUGGAAAACGAAAAAAGAAAGGUUUUCGUCGGUAAUCAAAACUAAGGGAAUAAGACCAGACUUUAAGAAAAAAACAUCUUUACGAAUAGAACUUAAACGGACUAAAGAUCUAUCGAAACAACUUUUAGAAGAAAUUAAAGAAAAAGAAUUGACUAGAAAAGAGCGAAGGCGGGAGAAUAUUAAACGUACAGAAGAAAAUAAAAAGAAGUCUGAAAUUGUACAAGUUAUAACCAAUACAGCAAAACUUAAGAGAAUGAAGAAGAAGCAAUUGAAAUUUAUUGAAAAACGUGAUACUAAUGCUGUUAAUAGUAAACAAUAAAAAAUUUUUUACUCAUGGA